AUGAGUGUCGUCGCCAGGCCCUUGUGCUAGGAUCUCUAAGCCAAUUGGCGGCUGCAGUGGGCGGGCACGGGCGGCAUAGGCGGUGCGGCGGAGGCGGAGCGGGCGCUGCGGCAGGAGGGAAGAUGGCGGACGAGGAGAAGCUGCCGCCCGGCUGGGAGAAGCGCAUGAGCCGCAGCUCAGGCCGGGUGUACUACUUCAAUCACAUCACCAAUGCCAGUCAGUGGGAGCGGCCCAGUGGCAAUAGUAGCAGUGGCAGCAACAGCAGCAAAAAUGGACAGGGGGAGCCUUCCAGGGUCCGCUGUUCACACCUGCUGGUCAAGCACAGCCAGUCACGGCGGCCCUCAUCCUGGAGGCAGGAGAAGAUCACCCGGACCAAAGAGGAGGCUCUGGAGCUGAUCAAUGGCUACAUCCAGAAAAUCAAGUCUGGAGAAGAGGACUUUGAAUCUCUGGCCUCACAGUUCAGCGACUGCAGCUCAGCCAAGGCCAGGGGAGACCUGGGUGCCUUCAGCAGAGGUCAGAUGCAGAAGCCAUUUGAAGACGCCUCCUUUGCACUGCGGACGGGGGAGAUGAGCGGGCCUGUGUUCACAGAUUCCGGCAUCCACAUCAUCCUGCGCACGGAGUGAGGGGUGGGCGGCCCGGGCCUGACCUGCGUGCUGCGUGGGGCAGGGCUGCUGGGCCCACCAGCACCGGUCCCCACUGGAGGGCCAGUGGGCGCUCCUCCCUGCUUAUGUCACACAGUAUUUAUUGUUCCCAAAAUGGCGGGAACGGGGCUCUUAAUGCUUGGGGGCUCUGAGGUCCCUGCUUCCUGUCCACCCCCUAACUGGGACUGCCCCUGGCAGAUUGUCCUCCCCAUUUAGGAAUUGACUUCAGAAGGGCAGUGGGGGUAAUGAGACUCUCAGCUCCAGGGGGUGGGGGUGACCUGUCCCAAAGAGAAGGCCUGGUCCACUGAGAGGCCACCUCUGUCUCCACCUUACCCCCCAAGUCCAGGACUGGGACUGGAAGUUGGGGGUGGUGGGAGGAACUGGAGGGCCUCAAGUUGUUUCUGGUUUUGCCAUGUUCCUCUAUUCAAUAAAACAGAUGCUCAGCAUGGUGCCAGGCUGCCUGCGGAGGGGCCCUCUGCACAUAGAUACCAGGUGCACCCUUGCACCCUCAAUUAAACCUGGAACCACCA